UUAUCGUGUGGCCGAUAUACCGCUGUUUUUAAUCGAUUUCGUCACUAUACAUAACGGCCCUCCGCAACUUUUGUAUCCGCUCAAUCCAUCUCUAUUAUUAGCUCCCAGAGGGCUACAUGUUCAGAAUGCGAGGUCUUGUCGCUAGAGGAGCUACUCUGCUCCUGGGCCUGAGCACCCUGUCCGCCCAGGUUCUCGCCUCGGACACCAUAAGCACAGAUGGCAUUUCCACUUGUAUGACUGACGCUUCCGUCUCGGUCCAAGAGCUGGAUGUGACCUAUACUCGCUCAACUCGGGAGCUUGUCUUCGACGUUGCAGGAACCAGCUCAGAGGUUCAGAAUGUCACUGCAACCCUAAGCGUAACCGCCUACGGCGUUCAAGUUUAUUCAAAAACCUUUGAUCCCUGUGAUUCGGCCAACUAUAUUGCUAAGCUCUGUCCUGUUCCGUCAGGUUCCUUUUCCGCCAACGGUACUAUGGUUGUACCCGAGUCGUAUGCUAGCGAGAUUCCCUCCAUUGCAUUUACGAUUCCUGAUCUGGAGGGCGAGGCAAAGCUCGAACUGACAUCCAAGGCAACUGGCGAAGAUGUUGCCUGUAUCGAGUCUAGCCUGACCAACGGCAAAAGUACCCAGAUGAAGGCCGUGUCUUAUGUUGCUGCAGGUGUCGCUGGCGCUGCCUUGGCUGUGACGGGACUAUCCGCUCUGGGUGCCGCUGGUCAUCCAGGGGCCUCCACCUCGAGUCCCACGUUCGGCGAUGUGGUCGGUUGGUUCCAUAGCAUGGCGACCAAUGGUAUGCUCAGUGUGAGCUAUCCGUCUGUUUAUCGCAGCUUUACCACGAACUUUGCAUUCAGCACCGGCCUCCUUCCCUGGGGGACAUUACAAACCGCAAUCGAUAAUUUCCGGUCGGCGACUGGUGGUAACCUCACUGAUGACAGUUGGGAGUAUCUCCAAGAAGCGACCCUGGUUUAUUCAGACGGUUCUACCUCUACAGCCAGUUCCAAACUCAAGCGCGCAAUGAGCUUGGUUAUCCGGGAGGUUUCAGCUUCGGUCGAUACCAACUCCACCAGCACCUCCACCAGCACCGCCACCAGCACCGCUACAACAAGCUCUAGUACCUCCGAGAUCGAUCACCUGGUUUCGGGUAUUGAGGCUUAUGCGGAAGAAUUGUCUAUCCCUCAGGCUAACACCUUUAUGACGGUCUUGCUGAUCUUCGCCAUCGUCAUUGCCGCCAUCGCUGUGAGCAUUCUCCUGUUCAAGGUCAUCCUUGAGGCGUGGGCUUUGUACGGCAACUUUCCGCAGGCGCUCACCAACUUCCGCAAGGACUACUGGGGUCUGUUGAGUCGUACCAUCACUAACUUGAUCCUCCUCCUUUAUGGCGUCUGGGUGUUGUACUGCAUCUACCAGCUGACUUCGGGUGAUUCCUGGGCCGCAAAAGUUUUAGCAGUUGUCACCCUGUCCGCCUUCACCGGUCUCCUUGCGUUCUUCUCGUUCAAGAUCUACGUCGCAGCUCAGAACUAUAAGCAAUCCGAGGGUGACGCGGCGGGCCUUUUCGAGAACAAGGACACUUGGCGCAAAUACAGUCUUUUCUACGACAACUACAAGAAGGAUUACUGGUGGAUUUUCGUGCCCGCAAUUGCGUACAUGUUCGCCAAAAGUUGUAUCAUUGCUGCUGCAGAUGGGCACGGACUCGUUCAAUCUGCUGGCCAGUUGAUCGUGGAAGCCUUGAUGCUGCUGCUGCUUCUGUGGAACCGCCCCUACGCCGCGAAGUCCGGCCAAUGGAUCAAUAUCACCAUUCAAGUCGUCCGUAUGCUUUCGGUGGCUUGUGUGCUCGUUUUUGCUGAGGAGCUGGGGCUCACAGAGACCACCAAGACUGUCACUGGUAUUGCUCUCAUCGCCGUCCAAUCGGGACUCACGGCUCUUCUCGCCAUACUGAUUGCUGUAAAUGCAAUUAUCUUGUGUUGUCGCGAGAAUCCCCAUGUUCGGAGAAGAAGAGAAGCUGAAAAAAUGGAUCGCGACAUGGACAACCUCACUCCGUUAGAUGCCCGAGCAUCUCUUCUUAUGGAUCACCCCCCGGUACAGAGGGAUCUGAAAGAAAUGAGCAAAUUCAACUUCACGGGUCCCUAUGAGCCCUACCGCGACCAACCGUUUUCAGCUACCCGACAUGACCGUACCCAGAGUACCGAGCGCUUGGUUGAGCCCGGCAUGCCUACCGACCAUCAGGAAUACCGAAGUCCGAGUCGAGAAAGUGGCGCAAAUCAUGAUAGUCGGAGUCACUCGCCAGAGCCACACCAUCCCACCCAACCAGGGUAUGGCAUGGCGCUCUAAAACCAAAAUCUUCACACCACCCGUAUUCAUUGUCUUCACGAUGCAUCCUCUACUUUCUUCUUUCGAGUAGAACCUUCCCUUUUUUUCUUCUUGGCUACAUUCAAUCUAUCUUCUAGCUUGGGUAUAGAUCUCAUACCACUCCUUCCCGGCGAAUCUUGUACGAAUUUAGCAUAUUAUAUCCAUAUAUCAUCUUCAAAGGCGAAGAUUUUCCUUUUUGAGCCUGUUCUCUUCUUUCUAUGUAUAUCAUUUAUUUUCAUAAUAUAGUUAAAAUUUUCACAAUACGUGGUGGCAGAUAACACUGUUUCGAUACCUGGUUAAAAUAGAGUUGAAUCUAUCUAUCUAGCACCUAAAUUUCUAACCAGGUUCUUAAU